AUGAACGACAUCAGAGAUGAGGAUAGAAUUCUGCCUCAGGCAAACUCUCCUCUUUUCAGACUACCCGGCGAAUUAAGGAACUGGAUUUAUGACCUUGUCAUCACACCGUCUGCCCCUAUUGUCAAUCCUAGCUGGGAUACUACCACCGGACCAAAACAUCAACAAGUACCCAGCCUAGGUGUCACCUUGCUGCGGACUUGCCGCGCCGUCUAUCUCGAAGCAAACGAGUCCACGCUGCUGAAGAAAGGCGACUUUGUGUUCACAAGGAUUGCUCACAUCCAAGCGUUCUUCUCGAGACUGUCGUUGUCACAGAGAAGCAACGUCGACCACAUCACCAUUGAUCUCAGAGAAGCAGCAUCUGGAGAUCCAGCUUCUCAGAGCGAGGAGAGCACGACCAUUGCCAACGAAUGGGUUCAUUACUUCUGUUGUGUUCAAGGAGCACACAUGAUGGGCGCCUGGUGUGCGGAUCUCAGCACACUCAAAAACGAUAUCCCGCACCUGCGCUCAAUAUGUAUUGACCUGACCACUUGGCAACCCAACUAUGCCGGUGCUCGACCAGUGCCAUGGAGUCUGGGACUGUGGGUAUCGCCUGCAUUCGACAAAGACGAGUCUGCACUUGUCGACUUGCUUGGACAUGCCAUACGCGAGCCGAAAGAGAACGAAGUCAAGCUUCUUGAGUGGCACGUCGUUGAAGGAGGCGUCACACUGCUGACAGUGCGUGUCGACGAAGCACACAAGAUUAUGCCGUUGACCGGUAGUGAUCUGCAUCUCUUGUACGACGGGAGGAUGUUAUGGAAUGAGUUCCUCGACUUCAAGGAGAAUCAGGUUGAGUCAAUCAAGAGGCGAAAGGCAUCUAUGUCUAUCGGUGAUGCCAUCUGGGGCAGAGCGCCUGAGGUCUUGGUAUAG